AUGGAAAAAUGGGAAAACUUGAGACAUCCAAAUCAAUAUAUUGAGAGAAGGAUACACAAACAAACUGAAAAAGAAGAGAAACAGAAUUGUUUGCUUUUAAAGACCUCCAUAGAGAGUGUGAAAUGGUUAGCAUUGCAAGGUUGUGCAUUUAGAGGUCAUGAUGAGUCUCCCGAGUCUACUAACCGUGGGAAUUAUAUUGAAUUGAUCAAAUUGCACGGAAGAACAAACAAAGAAAUUGAUGAUGUUGUUCUAGAAAAUGCAGCUAAAAAUGCCAAGUACACAUCACCACGUAUUCAAAAAGAGAUAUUAAAAAUUAUUGCUGAUUAUGUGCGACAUAAAAUUCGUGAAGAAAUUGGAGAUGCUAAAUUUUGCAUUCUUGUUGAUGAAGCAGUUGAUGAAUCACAUAAAGAACAAAUGGCUAUCAUUUUGAGAUAUGUUGAUGGUGAUGGAUUUGUUAGAGAACGAUUUUUUGAAGUUGUGAGUGUCAAAGAUACAAAUGCUUUGACUUUUAAAAAAAAGAUAUGUACUGUAUUAAACCAAUACAAUCUGUUGGUUACAAAUUUACAAGGUCAGGGGUAUGAUGGUGCUAGCAACAUGCGGGGAGAAUGGAAUGGAUUGCAAGCAUUAUUUCUUAGAGAAUGCCCAUCUGCUUAUUACAUUCAUUGUUUUGCUCAUCGUCUACAGUUAGCUUUAGUUGCAGUAGCUAAGGAUGUACAUGAUGUGUGGCUAUUUUUUCAAUCAUUAAGUUCUAUUGUCAACUUUGUUGGUGCUUCUGCUAAGCGUCAUUCUCAAUUAAAGUCAAUUCGAGAGGAUGAAAUUAUAGAUUUGAUAGCAGCAGGAGAAGUUCCAACUGGUACUGAGGCCAAUCAGGUUUGUACUUUGCAACGAGCUGGAGCUACUCGUUGGGGUUCACAUUUUGCCUUUGUUAAAAGAUUGAUUGAGAUGUUUGGUUCUACUUGUACGCUUUUUGCAAAUCUUAUUAAUGAGGGGUCGAACAAUAAUAUAUGUGGGGAGGCUAAGGGUGCUUUGAAAGUUAUGAAAACAUUUGAAUUUGUAUUUAUCUUGUUGUUGAUGCAUGAAGUGUUGGAAAAAUCUGAUAUUUUGUGUCAAGCAUUGCAAAUGAAAGAUCAAGACAUUUUGAAUGCAAUGAAUUUUGUCUCAACUACAAAGAUUCUUCUUCAAGAGAUGCGUGAUGAUCGAUGGGAAAGUUUUAUUUGGUAUGUGGUGCAAUUUUGUAGAAGUAAUGAUGUUGAUAUUCCAAAAUUAACUGAUCGUUAUAUGGAUGGUACAAGACGUUCUUGUCAACAAAAAAAUAAUAUUACAAUGGAGGACUACUAUCACUUUCAAAUAUUUAAUGUUGUAAUAGAUUUUCAGUUGAUGGAGUUGAAUAAUAGAUUUACCGAGAAAACAAUAGAACUUCUUAAGUUAUGCGAGGCUUUAAGUCCUACAUAUGGUUUCAAAUCAUUCUCUAUAGAUGCUAUUUGUGGUUUAGUUGAGGAAUUUUAUCCUUUGGAUUUUAAUAAUGAAGAGAUAAGUGAUUUGAUGAGACAGUUGGAUCACUACAAGUUUGAUGUAAUUCGGCAUUCGCAGUUUCAGAAUCUUAAUUCGCUUCCUCAAUUAUGUCGGAUGUUGGUUGAAACGAAUAGGUCAUAUCAUUAUUUAUUGAUUGAUAGAUUGAUUCGUCUAGUAUUGACUCUUCUAGUUUCUAUAGCAACAACAGAACAGGCUUUUUUAGGGAUGAAACUCAUCAAAUCAUCACUUCACAAUAAAAUAGAAAAUGACUUCCUAGCAAACGUCAUGACUAUCUACAUUGAGAGGAAGAUUGCUCUUGGUAUUGAUACAGAAGAACUCAUUGACAAGUUUGAUCUUUUGAAGAAUCGCAGAUUACGGCUUUAA